CAAAAAAUGAAAAUAAUUAUACUAAUAAUUAAAAGAAAAAGAAAAAGAAAAAGGAGCCAAGAAAAAAAAAAAAGAAAAUAGUCAGUCCUGUUUUUUCACCAGUUUUCUUUUGCUUUUAUUUAAGAAGUCGUUUCCUCAGCCAAAAGGGAAAGAAAUAUCACUCACACUUUCUAUCUCAAUUCAUGGCUUCCAGCAAAGCUCUCUGCUUCCUUCUGUUUGUGGCCAUCUUCUCCGUCUCUGCUUUUGCUGCAGAAGACAAUGAGGCUCAGCAAGACCCUGGUUUGGUCUUGAACUUCUACAAGGACACGUGUCCCCAGGCUGAAGACAUCAUCAGGGAGCAAGUCAAGCUUCUGUACAAGCGUCACAAGAACACCGCUUUCUCCUGGCUCCGAAACCUCUUCCAUGACUGCUUUGUUCAGAGCUGUGAUGCAUCCCUGCUGCUGGAUUCAACCAGGACCGUGCUGUCCGAGAAGGAAACAGACAGGAGCUUUGGAAUGAGGAACUUCAGGUACCUUGAAGAAGUCAAAGAAGCAGUGGAGAGGGAAUGCCCCGGUGUUGUUUCCUGUGCUGAUAUCCUCGUCUUGUCUGCCAGAGAUGGAAUUGAAUUGGUGGGAGGACCACACAUCCAACUGAAAACAGGAAGAAGAGAUGGAAGGAGGAGCAGAGCAGAGAUUCUGGAGCAAUAUUUGCCAGACCAUAAUGAAAGCUUGACUGUUGUUCUUGAAAGAUUUGCAUCUAUUGGAAUUGAUACCAAAGGAGUGGUAGCUUUGUUAGGUGCUCACAGUGUGGGAAGAACCCACUGUGUUAAAUUGGUUCACAGGUUAUACCCAGAGGUUGAUCCAUCAUUCCCAGCAGACCAUGUUGAACACAUGCUGAAGAAAUGCCCUGAUGCAAUUCCUGACCCAAAGGCCGUACAGUAUGUGAGGAAUGACAGAGGCACACCCAUGAAACUAGACAACAACUACUACAGGAACAUUUUGGACAACAAGGGACUGUUGCUGGUUGACUACCAGUUGGCUAAUGACAAGAGAACCUUGCCUUUGGUCAAGAAAAUGGCCAAGAGCCAAGAUUACUUCUUCCAGGAGUUUGCUAGAGCAAUCACCAUCCUUUCUGAGAACAACCCUCUUACUGGAACCAAGGGAGAGAUCAGGAGGCAGUGCAAUGUUGCCAACAAGCUCCACCAUGAUGCUUAAGAAAGAGAUGGAGACAGAAAUAAAAUUGGCAAGAAAAUGUGUUUACAGAUUUUGCCAAUAGCUAUGUGGUCAAAUGGCGAUGAAGUUUGGUGCUGUGUAGAGAAUGAUGAUGCUUCAGAAUUUGUCAUUGUAGGUUUUGUUUUUCUGAAUCAAUUGGCCAUGGUUUGGUAGUAACUGGUUGUGUUUGGCAUGGCUAAAUCAAACAAAUGUUAUUGUUUAUGUGAAAAUGUUGAUGAUGUUGUAAGAUAAAUGAAUAUCAAUGUCUUCUGUUUUCUCUUCAGAAUCCUUCUCUCCAUAUUGCAAUUAUUGCAUUACAUCCAUUGGAACUGUGACAAUAAUGUUGCAGUACAGAAAAUUUGAUAUAGCAGAGUAGGGCCUUCAAGAAAGCUAAACAAUAGUUAUAUACAUUAUGAAGGAUAAGAUUCUUGCAAAACAAAACUGAUUCCACUUUCACUUCAUCCAAAUAUACAAAGUUUCCCAUUGUGGACCAGUAGGUAGACGAGUAUACAAAUACUCAAAAUUGGGGUUUACAAUUUUGCAUAUG